AUGGAUAAACCUACAUUUGAGGCUAUGUACAACGAACUUACUCAACGCUUGGUUCUUUCAAUAAGCAAUCCUGAGGGCGUUAUAGGAGACUUCGGUGGCUAUGAAAUCUUAACGAAAAGUGGUCACCUCGGAUGGCAGGACCGUUGGGAUUCCUUGGCCGUUCUCGCUACCGAAAAACGAUAUUUUACCACAACAUUAGAAAAGCAGUCAGCAGCGUAUGUCUUCACUGUGCGUGGACGCGUGCCACCUAAUUGCUUCAGUGAGAUGGCAGACCCAGUGGAAUUUAGGAGAUUGAAUAAAGAGCUCAGCGCUCCCCAAAAUGUGAGGAUAAAAGCUCUUGAUUCUCACACUCUUUACAUGACAUGGACUCCGCCUGCUAAAAAUUAUGGCAUCAUUACUGGUUAUGUCAUUUUGUGGACUCACGAUCUGAGUACCUUACAUUACACUCAAGUGAUUUCGAAUCACGUUUACAGAUUCUCCAGCUUGAAGGCUCAGCAAAACGUUUCUGCCGCCGUCUACGCAGAGAGUCGUCCAAGAUCUCACAUGAAAUUCAAAUACCUUGGCUCAUUCAGUGAUUUUGUGACAGCAACCACGCUGCCUUCAUGA